AUGUACCCUCCCUUCUCUCUUAACAGUCUUACUCCAACUCCAAUCCUCAAAACCACUCUCGGAACCCAGAAGACCUUCACUGUUAAACUCGUAAGAACUCAACAAACUCCGCAUAACAGUAAUAAUGGUGUCCUCGCUCAGUACCAACUUACAUCAACCUUCUCUCAGCUUCGGGACGAACCUUUAUUCCGGAUUGAAGCUUCAAUCUCCAAGUUCUGCCCUUUAGAAAAAUCCCUUCUCCUUUCUUGGAAUUGUGCUUUACAAAUUUUCCAUUAUCGUGAUUGUGUGUUGUUGUUCUUUGCGAAUUUGCAGGUGUUCAUGGAAUUGGGCGACCCAAUGUCUCUGCAGAGUUCUUCGGCCGAGUCCAUAAGAGCAUCCAUUCCGGGUAAAGUUUGGAACUUUGAACUAAUAUCUCCGAUUCAUAAUUCUAAACCGAUUCGAGCUGUUAAAAUGAUGCCUAUAGGCGAACCAAGAGUACCCUAUAGGACACCAGGGGAGGGGACUUGGCAAUGGGUCGAUUUGUGGAACGCCCUUUAUAGAGAACGAGUAAUCUUCAUCGGGCAGGAAAUUGAUGAAGAAUUCAGCAACCAAAUAUUGGGAACAAUGUUGUACCUUGAUAGCGUUGAUGAGUCCAGAAGGAUGUAUUUUUACAUUAAUGGACCCGGCGGAGAUCUUACUCCCAGUUUAGCUAUCUAUGACACUAUGCAGAGCUUGAAGAGUCCUGUUGGUACCCACUGUGUGGGGUUUGCCUAUAAUCUGGCAGGUUUUCUUCUUGCAGCUGGUGAAAAGGGACAACGGUCUGCAAUGCCUCUUUCCAGGAUUGCUCUGCAGUCUCCAGCUGGGGCAGCUCGUGGUCAGGCUGAUGACAUUCGAAAUGAGGCUGAUGAGCUUCUUAGAGUCAAAGACUAUCUUUACAAGGAAUUGGCAAAGAAAACCGGACAACCUUUCGAGAAGAUUGACAAGGACUUGAGCAGAAUGAAACGCUUUGAUUCUCAGGAGGCCCUCGACUAUGGUCUCAUCGACAAGAUAAUUCGGCCACCACGAGUUGACAAGGACACACGUCCCAAAGAUGCAACAGCCGGUCUCGGUUAGUGUAGAAUAUUUAUGAUUCAUGUUUGGCUAUAGCUCUUGUCAUGACUACCGUAUGUUAACCAGCUCCCUUGCACCAUAGUUGUACCAUUGGGAAAAUCAGAUGCAGUUUACUUGUACAAUAAGUUAUCCUGUUCCCGAAGCAAGCGUUAUAAGUUUGAUUUUAGUUUAUUGAACAAUUUUUGGGUUGAGACAGCAAUUAAUUGCAUGGCUGUCGAACUUAUUGUCAUAUUCAAUCAUUUGCAUUUGGUU